AUGCCAUCAGUCGACACCGAGCCUGCACGUCCCAGCCUGCGCAAGGCAAUUGCCCAGCUCCCUCUGCCAUCUGUCCCCGCGCUGUCCGCGUCGACCUGGCGAACGCACUCCUCCUUCCACUCAGCUCGAUCGUGGGCAUUCGAGGCGCCCGAGGGAGAGGGAAUCCUGGACUACGAACGAGCAGAGCAUGUCGGCGACGCUCUCCUGGGCGCUGAGAUCGCUUUGCUGAUCGACGAGCAGUACCCACGGCUAGUCACAGGCGUGCGAAGCCUCGUUAAGGCUUGCCUCGUCGAAAACAUCACUCUCGCCCAGAUAUCGCAGCGCCUCGGACUCCCCGAACAGAUCCUCUGCUCCUACGGCCAAGGGGCGUCCAUACGAGCCAACCCCGGCGUCCAAGCCUGUGUCUUCGAAGCCUUCCUCUUCUCUCUUCACGCAGAACAAGGCGCCGAGGCGAUGCGAACGUGCAUUCGCGCCAUCUACUCGCCUCUGCUACCUGCCACCGUCGAAGCGCUGCGCCCGCUCUUCGUGUCGGUAUCUUCGACGAACGGCGCCAUCAACUACGUCGGCCAGCUGAUGGAGUGGUCGAUGAAGAAGGGUUGUCCUGGGCGGAGCGUGCAGUUCAGCCAGAGUCAGCGGAGUGGCAACCUUCCUCGCAAUCCAUCAUGGGUCGUCGAGUGCACGGUGUCGGACGCGGCGAGCGGAAUAGGCGGGCAGACUUUCGUCGGGACAGGCACGACGAUCGCGAAGGCGAAGAACGAAGCGGCAGAAAAGGCGUGUUCGGCUUUCGCAAUCGCAGCCUGA